AUGGAGCAUAACUUUUGUGUACUUGCAUUGAUGGAACCUUUUCAAAAGAAGAGAUUCAUUGAUAGAUAUAGAAGAAGGUUGAAUAUGGAGACGACUUAUGCAAAUAUUAAUGGGCAAAUAUGGUUGUUCUUUGAUGCAGUGGUGGAAUGGGAAUUAGUGGAGGAUACUGAGCAACAGGUAAAUGUGAGAGUGCUUCACCAUGACCUAGGGCAGCACAUGAUGGUGACAUUUGUUUAUGCAAAAUGUUCAGCAAUUGAGAGGUUGGAAUUGUGGGAUCACUUGUAUUAUUUAUCAAGUGAUAUGAAAUUGCCAUGGUUGGUAGGAGGGGAUUUCAAUGUGAUAUUACAUGAAGAUGAGAAAAUAGGAGGACUUCCGGUACACCCGCCUGGAUAUGAGGAUUUUGCAUUUUGUAUAAAUUCUUGUGGUUUGUUUGAGCGAGGAUACAAAGGAAGUCCAUUUACAUGGUGGAAUGGGAGAUCCAAUGCUGCAUGUAUAUUCAAAACAUUGGAUAGGAUCUUUGUGAAUUUGCCAUUUCAGAACAUGUUGCCAACUAUUCAAGUUGAACAUCUAAUCAGAACUGGAUCAGAUCAUGCACCUUUGUUAAUGACAUGUGGGGAGCAGACCACCAAUUUUGUCAAGCCUUUCAGGUUCUUGAACUUUUGGACUAAACAUACUACAUUUAUGGAUGUGGUGAGGCAGAAUUGGGAAGCUGAUUUCAUAGGGGAUCUGUUUUUGAUGUUCAAGCAGAAGCUCAAGAGGGUGAAGGCAACACUGUCAAAAUGGAGCAGGGAAACAUUUGGUGAUAUAUUCAAGCAAUUGGCUAUUUUGGAGGACAUUGUUAGGGUGAAAGAGAUGUUGUUUGAAGUAGAGCCUACAAUUGAGAACAGGAUUGUGCUUCAAAAGGCUCAAUCUGAAUUGAAGAAAUACUUGAGUAUUGAGGAGCAGUAUUGGAAGCAAAAAGCUGGGAUGACUUGGUUUGCUGAAGGAGAUAGGAAUACAAGUUUCUUUCACAAUCAUGUCAAUGGAAAAAGAAAGAAAUUGCAGCUGAAGAGGAUCAAAAGUGGAAGUGGGGUAUGGAUUGAAGACCAGGAGCAAUUGGCUACAGCUGCAGUGGACUUUUAUCAAGAACAGUUCACAAAUGAAGGUGAUGCAUCUGGCUUUUCCUUGCUCAAUGUACCUUCGAUGGUCACUAUGGAACAGAAUUUGGAACUUAGCAGAUUGCCAACAAUUGAAGAGGUAAGGACAGCAGUUUUUAAGCUUAGUAGGGAGAGUGCUAGUGGUCCAGAUGGAUUCACUGGCCUAUUUUAUCAAACAUGCUGGGAUGUUAUUGGUGCUGAUAUACACAACAUGGUGCUACACUUCUAUGGAGGAGCUCCACUGCCUAAAUCCAUCACUCGCACCAAUCUAGUGUUGCUGCCUAAGAAACCUAGAGUUGAGAACUUUUCUGACUUAAGACCUAUUAGCUUGAGCAACUUCAUUAACAAGGUCUUGUCUAGAGUGUUACAUGAUAGAUUGGAAAAUUUUCUGCCUUCUCUAAUAUCUCCUAAUCAAUCCGGAUUUGUGAAGGGUAGGAGUAUAUUUGAGAACAUCUUAUUGACUCAAGAAAUUAUCCCUAACAUAAGGUUAAGGGGAAAGCCAGCUAAUGUGGUGAUCAAGCAUGAUAUGGCUAAGGCUUAUGAUAGGGUUUCAUGGAAGUACUUAUUGCAUGUACUAAGGAAGAUGAGAUUCUCUGAGCACUUCAUCAACAUGGUGUGGAACUUGAUGUCAAAUAACUGGUCUUUGAAUAAACAAUUUGAAGACAAGUCAUUUGUGGGAUUUGGAAUGCCUAAGUGGUCUGAUCCUUUAAACCACUUGGCAUAUGCUGACGAUACUAUAAUCUUUGCUUCUGCUCAUCCUCCAUCCUUGAGUAAGAUUAUGGCAGUCUUGGGUAACUAUGAGAAGAUAUCAGGCCAGAUGAUCAACAAAGAUAAGAGUUCAUACUACAUGUAUUCAAGGAUUUCUAAUGGAUUGUGUCAGGCGGUUGGAGCUAUUACAGGAUUUGCAAAAGAUCUUCAGGAUGUGGCAGAAUUACGGCAAGGUGAAACAUGGGAUGAUCAGCUGCUAGAUCAAACCUUCAAUGAGGAAAUUGCAGAACAUAUAAGGCUAAAUGUACAUUACGAAGGUGUGAGGAAUACUGGGAUAGGCCAUACUGGAUGUCAACUCCUUCAGGCAAGUUCAGUGUUAGCAGUGCUUGGCAAAUAUUAA